GCCCUGGAGUCCUCGCGCGCCUGCAGCCGGGAGCCGGCCGAACCCCCGCCCGCCGGCCCACAAGUGAGUCCAGCCCAGUCGCCGCCCGGGGCGGCUGCGCCGCGGGGAUUGAGCCCCACGCUGUAGGACUGGAGUGAGGGGACCGAGGAGCGCUUUUCGGCUCAUCCCAUUUACUUUGAAACCGAAAGCGCCGCGGCGGCAGGAGCCCCCCGCCGGGCUGCGGGGACCCGGGCCUGGCUGCCCGUCCCACUCGAGCCCGCAGUGCUUUGCUGCACUCCCAGAGGAAAUGAGGAGCCAGAGGUCUCCUGACAACUUGGAGAGACAUCACACUUCUCUUCAAAGGAAUUAAAACCAUACCCACAUCAUUCUCCAUCCCGUGUCCAAGAAAACCCUCUUCUGCAAAAGUUUAUGCUGCUACUGAUUCCUUCUAGAGUAUUUUAAAUUUUGGAUCAUCUUUACGAUCAUUACCCUGAAUUCGUUUUCAGAAUGGCCUGUUCUGAGGAGCAAGGAGGUGUCCCCUGUGGCUUCAUCCGCCAGAAUUCUGGUAACUCCACGUCUUUGGACUUUGAGCCAGAUGCAGAGUACCAGUUUGUGGAGCAGCUGGAAGAGCGCUACAGAUGUGCCUUCUGCCGCUCAGUGCUUCACAACCCCCACCAGACGGGCUGUGGGCACCGCUUCUGCCAGCACUGCAUCCUGUCCCUGAGAGAAUUAAAUGCAGUCCCACUCUGCCCUGUAGAUAAGGAGGUGAUCAAAUCUCAGGAGGUGUUUAAAGACAAUUGCUGCAGAAGAGAAGUCCUCAAUUUAUAUGUAUUUUGCAAAAAUGCUCCUGGAUGUAAUGCCAAGGUUAUUCUGGGACGAUACCAGGACCACCUUCAGCACUGCUUAUUCCAAGCUGUGCAGUGCUCUAAUGAGAGCUGUCAGGAGCCAGUCCUUCGCAAAGAUCUGAAAGAGCAUUUGAGCGCAGACUGUCCGUUUCGAGAGGAAAAAUGCCUUUAUUGCAAAAAGGAUGUGGCAGUCAUCAAUCUACAGAAUCAUGAGGAAAACUUGUGUCCUGAGUACCCAGUAUCUUGUCCCAACAAGUGUUUGCAGAUUAUUCCAAGAACUGAGGUGGAUGAACACCUUGCUGUGUGUCCUGAAGCUGAACAAGACUGUCCUUUCAAGCACUAUGGCUGUACUGUAAAGGAUAAACGAGGAAACCUGCAGGAGCAUGAGCAUUCAGCCUUACGGGACCACAUGCUUCUGGUUUUAGAAAAGAACUUCCAGUUAGAAGAACAGAUUUCUGACUUAUAUAAGAGCCUAGAACAAAAAGAAAGUAAAAUCCAGCAGCUAGCAGAAACCGUAAAGAAAUUCGAAAAGGAGUUCAAGCAGUUUGCACAGUUGUUUGGCAAAAAUGGAACUUUCCUCUCAAAUAUACAGGUUCUUGCCAGUCACAUUGACAAGUCUGCUUGGCUAGAAGUUCAGGUGCGUCAGUUAUUACAAAUGGCUAACCAGCAACAAAGUAAAUUUGAUCUGAGGCCUUUGGUGGAAGCGAUUGAUACAGUGAAACAGAAAAUCACCCUGCUAGAAACCCAUGAUCAAAGAUUAGUUGUUUUGGAAGGGGAGACUAACAAACAUGAUGCCCACAUUAAUAUUCAUAAAGCACAGCUGAAUAAAAACGAAGAGCGAUUUAAGCUGCUAGAAAGUGCCUGCUAUAACGGAAAGCUCAUCUGGAAGGUCACAGACUACAAGCUGAAGAAGAAGGAGGCGCUGGACGGACACACAGUAUCCAUCUUUAGCCAGCCCUUCUACACCAGCCGGUGUGGCUACAGGCUCUGCGCUAGAGCGUACCUGAAUGGGGACGGGUCCGGGAAGGGGACGCAUCUGUCGUUGUACUUUGUGGUGAUGCGAGGGGAGUUUGACUCACUGUUGCAGUGGCCAUUCAGGCAGAGGGUGACCCUGAUGCUUUUGGACCAAAGUGGCAAAAGGAACCACAUUAUGGAGACCUUCAAGGCUGACCCCAAUAGCAGCAGCUUUAAAAGACCCGAUGGGGAGAUGAACAUUGCCUCUGGCUGUCCACGCUUCGUGGCUCAUUCCACUUUGGAGAAUGCCAAGAACACCUACAUUAAAGAUGACACCCUGUUCUUGAAAGUGGCUGUGGAUCUAACUGACCUGGAGGAUCUCUAAUCACUGCUUCUGGGGUGAUAAAAGGACUCCUUGAAUCCAGAACCUUUGGUUAAUGUAGUGACUGAAUGUAGGCUCGACACACACUUGUAUUUGGCUCUUUGCCCUUAAUGUUUGAAGUCAUUUUGAGAUUUCUCAAGUGCUGUCUUCUUUUUACAUUUUAUUCUGUCCCAGUUUGAAACUGACAAUACUUAGAAUAUCUUCUCAUUAUUUAUAUUUUUAUAUCUCUUGAAAGAUGCUAAUUUUCUUAAAGGUAAGGUCUGGGGCAUACCUCUUUUACUGGUGCUUAGUGUGGGGUCUCAGGGUGGGCCCUCUAUAAUAUUAAAUGUCAUUGAGGACACAGAAGUAGAA